UAACAUACUGCACAGGAUUUCCUACUUAAAUGACAGCGCAUAUGGUGAAAAACGACCAUUUCAUACAACUUGAAUACCCGACUGUACGUUCCAGAAGUAACAGCCACAACAUUUCAGAAACGGGGUGUUAUGGCGAACCGCAACAGCAGUCCUUUGAUGAUUUUUUUGGCGAAUUUUUUGAUGAUUUUUUUGAUGAUUUUUUUUUGAUGAUUGUUUUUUGAUGAUUUUUUUUUGAUGAUUUUUUUGGCGAUUUUUUUGAUGAUUUUUUUGGCGGGAAGUAUCGCAUGACCGAUAUGGUUAAGGCAGCGGGCCUAACGACGGAGCGUGUCCGCAGUAUUCUCGUGUCCGGUACACGGGAUCCAAAGUGUGAUACCCUAACAACUUCCACCAGUUCUCCCUCUCAGCCACCGCGGGCCACCAAUGGUCAGCGCUCUCCAUCAGCCAAACGCGGACGCGCAGUUACAGUUGCAUACUUCGAAAAUUCUAUGGCAAAAUGCAGCCGAAAUGCCUCAUCGAAUUUAUCCCUGUCAGUCUGUCGCAAUGUAACUGCCGAAACGUCCCAACUUCAAGAGAGCAAAGAGCUGCACAAUAUGGAUAGGCAGAACGCCAUUGAAAAGCCGCAUACUAUGCAACGGGUGAAAGAAAACAGGCAGGAAAUCGGCCGCAACGGCUCGGUGUCCCUGGAUUAUCCUGCAUCCAUGUCAUGUUGCACUGGUUUUUCCGAGCCAGAUUUAGUAACCCUACGCGUGGGACACCAACGCGGCUUGACUUCUACAGAGGGAUGUUCAGCUGGCCCCGCAGCCGAGUACGAUGUCGCUGCUGCACACAGUCUACUACGUAUGACACUAUUGGAAAAUCAGCAGCCGCUGUCGCCUGAAAAAGAUGUCCUUAGCGUCCGUUCAGAAAAUCAAAGUAGCGAAACUUUCAGUAAUCCGCCCACUGUACCGACCCCUAAUCCACUCACCGCUAUGCCGAACCAUCCGAUCGUGGAGGCGCACGACAUAAUGACGGACCAAGGCUACAACCAGUACCAUGACUUACGAUCCAUCAUUCGGGAACUGCGCGAACAUGGAUGCUCUUAUGAAGCGGUGAAGCAGCACAUCAAUGCAUGCUUGCUGCCUGACGCUAUGCCGCUAAAGAGUGGUUGUGGAGAUGCCGAAGAACGGGAAAGCAGCCACAUAGAAACGCCUCCGUUUAGUCAGCUGAGUACUCCACAUCCGGCUGGGUUAUGUGACCUUGACACAUGCGAUGCACCGGUUAACGCGCAAUGCCAGAGCGAAGCCGAUGAUGCUGUUGAUGCCCAGCAGUCGGAUGCACUUGUAGAUCGAAGCACUGCGGCACAGUGUCAAGUAACGCCUCCACCGGAGCGGAUACCAAGUCAGGAACGCAACCAACUCGAUGUAGUAUCAGAAAACGAGACUUCACCCAGGUCGGGAAGUAAACAGAAAAGCAGAAGUCCAUCACCCAGUACCAAAGGUUGUGUCUCUAAUGCAAACAUCUGUUCUUCGCCUUCCGAGAAUGGAUUGGCAGAAACGGGGGUGGAUCAGCACAUUGAGGAAUGCCGUACGGGCGGACCGCAGAAAUGAAUUCGUGCUCCAACGUUUUCGAGAAAUCACUGGCGUUCUUUCGAUGAUUACUUUGGUAUGCAACAUUAUCGAGGGAACAGCGCGCGAGAAGGUGACUUUGUGGUGCCUGAAGUCCCGGAAGACACUGCGUCUGCCCCAAGCACAGAACCGGAUGAGUCAGCACAUACAGCUGCCAGUUUCCCGAAAGGUGGCAGAGACAGCGCCGCUGCACAGUCGUAUUUACUGACGAAUAUCGAAACCAAGAUCAUCACUGCGAAAUAUCAAUGCCAUCUAUGCCGCGUAUAUUCGGAUGACGAAGAUCGGUUUUUGUCGCAUUUGGCAGCGAAGGAGCAUCGUUUUCUACUAGCUAAGAAUGUAUUUCUGCGUUGCACCGGGUGCUCAUUUAGAAGCCGGCAACCCAUGAAAAUUGGCCAGCAUAUUAUUGCGCAUCAGUCCCGGAAUGGUCUGAGCAGUGGCACUGUUCACUCAAUUGCAGAGGAUUAGAAUGCUGCGUGCAUGGUUUUGCGAAGAAGCAUUCUAUCUACUUAUGCAGUUGCUAGCUUUU